UUGUUUCCUAUCACACCAUCAAGCCCAUCACACCAUCAACCGAUUGGGACAUCCUUCGGAUCUUUUGGAAUCAGCCAUCGUCAAUCCCUACUCCAUCUCCUUCUUUGCUUCAGCUUGAUUGCUUACUGCAUUCCAACUCCCCCCCUUUCCGCCUUCCUUCAUCUCCGUACCGCAACCCCCUCCCUUCCUAUUUCCUUCCUUUUCUUCUCACUCCUUGAACCCAAGGUUACAAGCAUACAGGCGUAUCUACCACGUAUUCCCCCCCGUUCUUCUUUCACACUACAUAUCCAAUCGAGCCCUUGAAGGAAAGUAAAGAAAGAAAGCGGAAAGGACUCUUCUCUUUCGCUUCUUUUCACCCUCACCCCUCGCACCUGGUUACAACAGCCCUGUCCUUUGAGAUAUCUACCCAACCAUGGCACACAGCACUACCAACGAGGACGACUCUAUCCUCUCCUUUCUCACCACCGACUUUCUCGAAUCCCAGACCACCAAUGCUUCGGCCUUCGACUCGACCCAAUUCUUCGACUCGCUGACUGCAGACGACAGCGCUGUCAAGUAUCAGGAUCUGCUCCACCCCCCCUCGCCCCCAACCUCAGUCGGUACCUUCUCAGAGUCCUCAGGCUCGCCCCAGCACAGCAAUAUGGACUCCUGCGACGAAGGAUCCGGAUCCGACGUGUCCCCGGAUAAUCCUCUAGACUACUGGCAGUAUGUCUACUCAGAUCUCACACAGCCGGCCUCAACCCUCCCUAUCCUGAUUCAACCCGCACAGCAGCAACAACAGCAGCAGCCCGGGGCGUGGCCCAUCUUUUCUGAUAUCGAUGCAUCCCUACUCCAAUCGUCUGUCGCUCCCGCGUUCCCACAUGCAGCGCUUGUCAACAAUAGCAAUACCGGCAGCAAUGUUCCCGCAGACACAUCUGCAAAGCGUCCCCUCAACACUCCGCCUUCUCCAGCCUCGUCCGUCAAGGCAGAGAAGAAAAUCAAGAGAGCCAAGAAACAGUUGUCCACGCCCGCUCAGACCGCCACAUUGGCUCCCCUGGCUCCCUUCGCGCCCUUGGCUCCAUUGAAACCUCUGAUGCCCUUGGCACCCUUGGCACCAUCAGCGCCUCUCUCGCCGCCCACAACUGCACACGAUGUCUUUAUCAAGCAGUCGCCCUCUCUCUCGCCCCGCAUCAUCGCGGCCUCACCGGCAACAACAGCAGCUGGAGGAGUAGUUAUCCGAAGACCAUCUAUCGUACCAGCACUCACCCCCCACGCGACGCGCUCGAAUCCUGUCCUCGUAAAGUCAACGCUGAUUCCUGAGGAGAAGCCCCAGUCAGAGGCCGCCAUGAGUGCACAGGCAAAGCGGCAAGAGCGCCUGAUUAAGAACCGUGCGGCAGCCUUGCUCUCUCGCAAGCGCAAGCGUGAGCACAUCAAUUUACUGGAGACCCACACCGAUCUCCUAAAGACAACGAACCAAGAUUUAACGGAACGCGUCUCGGAGCUCGAGGAGAACGUAAGGGUGUUGACGGUCGAGCGAGACACUGCUCGUGAGGAGCGCGACUCUGCCCGACAGGAGUGUGAACGUCUUCAUCGACAGAUCAAUGUCCUUGCGCACCGCCCGCAAUCAGACGCCUUCCGCAUGGAUAUGGAUCUGGAGCGCAAUAUUCGUCCUUCUGACUCGGAGCGUGGACUUAACUCUAAGGCAACGGGUGUCGUUUUUAUGAUUAUUCUCUUUUCAUUUGCAUUGUUCAACUUGCCCGGCGGCAAACUGGAGACACUCAUGGUCGGAGGCAGGUCCAUGGAUCGUCCAAGAAUUGGUUCAAGCAUCAUCGGAAGAGCUCUCGAUUCAUACACAAAGAACCCUACGAUUUCGGGACAAGUGCGCGACACCGCAUCAAACAAGCAGGAUCUGCACAACAUGACCGACUUGAUGGUCUUUUCGGACAACCGUGCGCUUCAGACUUGGUUGGGACAUCAGCCCGUGAGCAUUCCCAAGAAGGCACCAGUGACUACACCCAUUACUUCAACUCCAGCUAUUGACAAGGAGAUCAUCAACGAGACCUUGCCGGUUUCCGAAAGCGAGAACACCAAGAGCGUCGGAUUUCUUGCUCAGAACCACGAGCCCUUGGCGUGGACUCGUCCGGAUGCCUCUCAGGAGAUGAAUGAACCUGACCGCGAUGCCUGGCUCUAUUGCUCGAACCUUCUCUAUUCACUCCGCUCCUCGGGUGUAUCCAGAGCUGCUGGUCCAGCUCAGGCGACGAACGGUGAAAUUCGUCGUCCUCGCCUUUCGUUCAUUUCGCCGCUUGAUGGUGUUAUCGGAUCCAGUGCUACCGAGGAAAAGAACCAGUUGCCCCCGUGGAUGCCCAACCCCAACCCGACUGAUAGCGAAUCCGAGCAGCGAUAUCUUCGCUUGGAUGUGGAGGUGACUUCCUCGCGCGUCGUCAGUGGCAAAGGUUUAGGCGAUCACGAGCAGGUGAUUCGGUUCCCCUUGAUGCCCGUCGGUGUCUUCGACAACUUGACCACUAGCCUCGCACCUUCCAAGGCCGCCGUAGCGACACCUAUCUCCACAGCCAUCAGAUCGUCACACGAACGCAAGAAACCUCUCCACCAGGUUCGAUCCAGUCGAAUCAACGCGCAAGGAGGCGUCGUCAAGACCCGCCGCAUCUACGACACUGAGGAUCAACUUCUUCGAGCAGCAGCAGCAGCAUCACGAUCGGAAAGAGUAAUGCAUCUGGCCCCGAUUAAGGAGGAGCCCAUGGAGGUUUACAUCAAAGAGGAACCCAUGGACUGAGGCAUCCCUCCUCCGCCAGUUCAUCCGGAAGAAUAAUCGCCGCCGCGAGGUGGUAACCGAAAGAUCAUGAAAAAAAGAGUACGGAUGAGCAAACAUACUAAUGGAAGGUAUAGCGCCUGGCAAGCGCUGAAAGCAAACAGUAUCUAAAAAUGAGAUAUACUUGUAGCAAAGAAUCAUUUUUACAAUAAACAUACCAUCGAUACCCCCCCCCCCCC